AGAACAGAGAAUAUGGAUCCAUGCACGGCGUUACUGAGGGCGGCAGCGAAGCGAGCUGUUCAAUGGGAUAGCAUCUUAGGCUACCUCUUAUGGAGUAGCUUGAAGUCUCUGGGUCAUGAUGGCUUCACACGGACUAUAAAGACGAGCUGAGAUGCCAGCAUCUUCUACGAGACUCACCACAAAUCAUCUCGCUUUAAAUAAGCCAUCAAUAGCUUUGGAAAAUCACCUCGCUCAUAUAUAUAUAUACUUAAAACACCAACAAUGUCCCCUCCUCCAGCUGAAUCCGGCUACAGCCUAAUCUGGUCCGACGACUUCUCAGGCGCAGCGGGAUCUCUCCCCAACCAAGGAAAAUGGAACAUCAUCACCACUGGCCCUAACCAGGGCAACCAAGAAGUGCAGCACUACACCGCGAGCACCGCCAACUCCUCCCUCAGCGGCUCCGGUACCUUGAACAUCACCCCUCGCCACGACAACGGGCAGUGGACUUCUGCCCGUCUCGAGGGCCAGCAGGCUUUCAACUGCCCCGACGGCCACCGACUCCUGCUACAGGCCGAGCUGCGCACCGGAACGUUCCCAGCGAACCAGCAGUCAGGAAUCUGGCCGGCGUUUUGGGCGCUAGGAAAUGAUAUUCGCAACGGGAAGGGUGUUCAAUGGCCGCAGUGCGGUGAAUGGGAUAUCUUCGAAAACGCCCACGGUAACGACUGGUCCCUCGCCACCCUCCACUACGGGCGGGGUGGUUCAGACCACCUGAGCAAGGGCAGCAGCCAGGAGCACUUCCAAGUCGAGUCCUUCCACACGUGGGCCAUCAAGGUCAACCGCGGGCCGAGCAACUGGCAGGACGAGACUCUGGAAUGGUAUCUCGACGGAAACAAGUUUUUCCAGAUCAAGGGGAGCGAUAUAGGAGACGGCGAGUUGUGGGGACGAGUCGCUCACAAGAGCUUCUUCCCUAUCCUCAACGUUGCUGUUGGUAGUAAUUUCCCCGGGGGUGGCCAGCCCGAUGGCAACACCACCACUGGUCUUGGCAGUGGCUUGCAGGUCAAGUAUGUUGCCGCCUACAGGAGCAACUAAACCCAACUGAUGUCGAUAUAAUAUAUCCGCAUCGUAAGUUCCUCAUUGAAAGUGUUGCUUUGUAGUAGGAUCGAGUUUGCGCACUUUUGGAUAAACGGCACAGGGGGUCCUAUAAAUCAUUUUGUUUAACAUCCUUCUUGUCAUAUCAUGAAAUAUAA